UACCGGAAGUGGCGUCAUUGUGGUCGGAAGCAUGGUUUACUUACUUAUACGGAAAGAUGGCUGCGGCCAGUUUGACUGGUCUUUGCAGAAAAGUCUCAGGCUUCCUGAAGGCUUCCAGGUCGUUAAUAAGUCCUCAGACCCCUGCUAGCACAGGUUGCAGGUUUUCUCUUAGUCUGUUGCCUAAGAAUACACCAAAUGUCACAUCUUUUCACCAGUGUAGAUUACUUCAUAUCACGUUGUCAAGGAAAGGACUGGAAGAAUUUUUUGAUGACCCAAAGAAUUGGGGGGAAGAAAAAGUAAAAUCUGGAGCUGCAUGGACCUGUCAGCAGUUAAGGAACAAGAGUAAUGAAGAUUUACAUAAACUUUGGUAUGUCCUACUGAAAGAAAGAAACAUGCUUCUAACUCUAGAGCAGGAGGCCAAGCGGCAGCGACUGCCCAUGCCGAGUCCAGAGCGGUUAGAAAAGGUGGUAGAGUCCAUGGAUGCAUUAGAUAAAGUUGUCCAGGAAAGAGAAGAUGCCCUAAGACUUCUUCAGACUGGUCAAGAAAACGCUAGACCUGGUGCUUGGAGAAGAGACAUCUUUGGAAGAAUCAUCUGGCACAAGUUCAAGCAGUGGCCUAUACCUUGGUACCUAAAUAAAAGAUACAAUAGGAAACGAUUCUUUGCAAUGCCCUAUGUGGAACGUUUUACCAGACUGAGACUUGAGAAACAAGCCCGCACUGAAGCAAGGAAGAAAAGUUUAGAGAAAAAGAAACAAAAAUUUCUUCAAGAAAAGUUUCCACAUCUUUCUAAAGCCCAGAAGUCAAGUCUUGUCUGAGAUAUCUGAACUCUCACCAUUUUGUUUUUCUUGGAUAACAGUCUAUAUACAAAAGUAAAUACAUAUUAAGUGGUUUAUAAAGAAAUUGUGUUU